AUGUUCCUUCCAGCAGAAGGCUCUCCCGGCGGUAACUUCCAGGCGAGCUGGCAGCCGGAGCCUUCUCCUGGAAAACCCAGGAAGACGACCUCCCGGAACACCUGGAGGAUGAAGAACGCUCCAGUUCCUUUGUUCCGGAUUCCCGACAUCCCGAUGCACGUGACAAUGCUGAGCUUCCUGCUGAUUGCCGCGGACCGCCACCGCUACACCAUGGACCCGGGCAAGCCGCGCAUGCCUGCCUUCGUGUGCUGCAUGGGCACGUGGCUGCUGGCCGUGUGCAUUGUCCUGCCCUACCCCAUCUACACCACCUACCUGGACCUGGGGACAUAUAUGAAGGACCAUUUUGAAGGCGUGGGCAUAUGUGCGGUGAACCUUGUGGAUGACAUGCAAGAAUACAUGCGCGGCCUCUUCAUCAUUAUGUACGUGCUGCCGCUGGCGGUGAUCUCGUACCUGUACGUGCGGUCCUCGCGCGAGCUGAAGGUGCAGGAGGGCCCCGCCGCCAUCAUGAUGCACGAGGCGCGGUCCCGCCAGCUGCGGUCCAGAUCCUCGGCCAGCGGGCACAGCAGGUCAGCAUCUGCCUUCUGCUUCACUCGGCCGGUGGCGAGAUGCAGCAGUGUCUUUCCGAAGGCGUGGCUGCGGGUUCUCGCUGUUCAGCUGUUCAGCGAUGUUCUGUUCCGCAGCGAGGACAACCACGGCUCGUUCAGGGCCUCUGGCGAGCGGUCGGGGAACUACGACCUGUACGAGGCCGAGCUGGACGUCAGCAAGGAGAAGAGGACCCAGAAGUACCUCAUCACCAUGGUGACGGUGUACGCCAUCUGCCUGUGCCCGCUCAUGGUGCUGCGGGUGGCCAAGCUGGCGCUGAUCGAGACGUACGAGAACAGCGGCCACUUCGACAUCACCUUCACGCUGUUCGUGUGGGUGGCCUUCCUGCCCACCUGCACCACGCCCUGCCUCUUCGCCUCCUGGCGGAUGAGCAGGAUGCAGAAGGAGCGACUGCGGGGCUACCUGCGGUUCAGCAACCGCCGGCGGGGGCGCCCGCAGCCCGAGGAGGCGGCGGCGGGCAAGACGCUUGGCAACGUCGCCUUCAUCCGGCAGGGUCGCCCCUCCGCCACCCCCGGGGGCGGCGCCGACCUGGCGUCCUCCUGA